AUGAGCACUGCAUUCUCCUCAAGGUUGCCGCGGACCUUGAUCGCGUGCCGGCCGGUUAGCCAUACAUACCUCCCUCUCUCCAAGAGCAAUCGCUCAUGGCGCAAUUACUCCUCCGCGCUUUCGGAGGACACACUUCCCUUGAAAGGAAUCAGGGUCCUGGACAUGACGAGAGUUUUGGCUGGUCCAUACUGUACACAGAUCCUUGGUGACCUGGGAGCGGAUGUCAUCAAAAUAGAACACCCUACGCGCGGUGACGACACUCGUGCUUGGGGACCGCCAUAUGCCCAGUACACCGACGGAUCAGAAGGCCCCGGAGAAAGCGCUUACUACCUGGGAGUAAACCGCAACAAGAGAUCUCUCGGCCUAUCCUUUGCCCAUAAAUCGGGAGUAAAGAUUCUACACCGUCUCGCAAAGGAAUGCGACGUGCUGGUGGAGAACUACUUGCCUGGCAGCCUUAAGAAAUACAACAUGGACUACGAGACCCUGCGAGCCAUCAAUCCCAAACUGAUCUACGCCAGUAUCACGGGGUAUGGCCAAACCGGGCCAUACAGCGACCGCGCCGGCUACGACGUCAUGGUCGAGGCGGAGAUGGGUCUGAUGCAUAUUACCGGUAGUAGGGAAGGGGAGCCGGUCAAGGUUGGGGUCGCUGUGACGGAUUUGACCACGGGUCUUUAUACGUCCAAUGCCAUAAUGGCGGCAUUGCUCGCCCGGGCGCGCACGGGAAAGGGGCAACAUAUUGAUGCAUGUUUGAGCGAUUGCCAGGUCGCGACGCUGGCAAACAUUGCGAGCUCGGCUUUGAUCAGCGGGAAGAAGGAUUCGGGCCGCUGGGGAACGGCACACCCAUCUAUUGUGCCCUACCGAAGUUACAAGACGCGAGACGGUGACAUCCUCUUCGGCGGUGGAAACGACAGAUUGUUUGGUGUGUUAUGCGACCGACUGGGUUGUUCGGAAUGGAAGACCGAUCCCCGGUUUGUCACCAAUAGCGACCGAGUGGAACAUCGGGAGGAAAUUGAUGGGUUGAUCCAGGAAAGGGUGAGGCAGAAGACGACGCAAGAAUGGCUGGAGAUAUUGGAGGGGAGCGGGAUGCCAUAUGCCGCAGUGAAUGACAUUCAAGGAACACUAAAUCAUGCUCAUGUCCAAGCGCGUGGCAUGGUCACCGAGAUCGACCAUCCGGCCUGUGGUCCUAUCAAGUUGGUCAACACACCGAUCAAAUAUUCCCAUGCAACUCCUGGUGUGCGCACGCCACCUCCGACCCUAGGUCAGCACACCGAUGAGAUCCUGACCGAGGUACUCGAGUAUGACACGGAAACGAUAGCUCAGUUGAAGCAGGAAGGAGUCGUGGCAUAG